GACCACAUCCUGUUUCCUCUUCUCUGACUUUAAUAAGUUCCAGUGAAAGUAAGGCUAUUGUCAGUGGAGCAGCAGAACUCUUGCUGACACCACACUCAUCACCAUGGCGCUGCACAAUACCUGGGUGGUCCUGAUGCUGGUCCUUAGCCUUCGGGGUCAAGUUCAAACAGGGAAAAUCAUCGGGGGACGCCCAGCUGUCCCUCAUAGUAGACCCUACAUGGUGCUUUUGGAAUUGAAAACUUUGCAGGGAACCACCAUAUUUUGUGACGGCUUCCUGAUCAGCAAUGAGUUUGUGGUGACAGCUGCUCACUGCCAGGCCCGUAUCUAUAACGUCUAUGUAGGUCUUCAUAAGUUCAAGAAUGAUCAAACUCCGAAGGCCAUUCAAGUGAGUCAAGCAAUUCCACAUGAGGACUACAAUGAAAAACCAAUAUCGAACGACUUAAUGCUACUGCAGUUAAGUGAGAAGGUAAACGUCACAGAGCAUGACAGACCGAUUAAUUUAGCAAGCCGAGGUGAUCAUCUGCCUCAACGCUGUAUAGUCUCUGGCUGGGGAUUUAGCGAAGAGAAUCCCAACGAGAUGGCCAGCGAGCUGAGGGAAGUUAAUGUUACCCUUGUGAAUCAUACACUCCCUGCUGAUCGCCAUGUUUACUCCUCCCUUGGAGAAAGCGGACCUUCCAAUGGAGACUCUGGCGGUCCACUUGUUUGUGACGGUGAAGUGGCGUACGGUGUUGUGUCAGGCGGCACAAAGAACUUCAAACUGUACACUAAAAUCCCAGACUAUCUUGGUUGGAUUUUAGGCCACGUGAGGAAAAAGUGACACCAGAAUGUCAUCGUUAAUUUGCUCGUGCUUUGUGAACCUUGUUGAUGAAUAAAUCGCUGUUCCACACACCUGUCCUGAUUCUCUCACCUCAUGGAAUGGGACACGUUGUGGGAGAAAAUGAAAAGGAACUAAAACUUAGCAGAAUAGCAUACAUUCUUUGUUUUCGUGUGUGUGUGAGUGUAAAUGUUUGUGUACUUUUUCUAAUGCAUCUAAACCUGGUUGAAACGAAGUCAUCCCUGUUUAAAACUUGAAUAACUUUACAUUCUUGAUCCACUGAAUGAUAAAUUGUUUAAAAAUUAAAUUAGACUGCCACCUUG